UGCCGGCGGACGCGUUUCAUACUCUUCAUUGUUGACGAGGGAGGGAGUCCUGUGGGUUUUGCAAUUUUCAUCGAUUUUACAUGAGUUCCGUGACAAUUCCCGCCCAGCCGUAGCCCUGCCCGAGGACCUACUACCAUGAAGUGAUGGAAAACCAGGUCAUUGAGCCGAAAUGUCGUUGGGAGCGGUGACAGGCUUUAAGAUGGAGCAGUUCAAUGUCCUGGAUCCUCGCAAGCAAGAGCUCCUCGAGGCAAGAAUUGAAGGCAGGAUGCACCUUACUGGGAGUAACUCAAGCACUCCCACCAACACCCAGCCGCCCUCCACGCUCUCAGGCUCUGGGUCCCAGCCUAUCCUAUUGGACAGACAAGACUCCAAUCUCAGCACGGGUUCGUCAGACCGGGAGGAGAGCACCAGUCCGGACAAGACACAGCAGCGCACACAGGCCGACCGGAAGCGGAAAAGGAAAAGUGGAACCCAGGGUGUGCAGAACGACGAGGGGGGAGGGGGCAACGUACAGAAGAUAAGCCGCUCAACGGAGACCAAGAAAAUAAACGACUAUUUUAAGCAGCAGCAUCAGCAGCAGCAGCAACAGCAGCAGCAGCAACAGCAACAACAACAACAAACCAACUCUCCACACAGACAUUCUGGUGCCAAGAGUCCAUCCCCUCAAGUACUCCUCAGCCACAUGACGUGGGCAUUGCAGACUGGUCACGGAGGCGCAGGAGAUCCGCUGGCUGGAUUGAUGCCUCCUCCCCGAGGUGUUCCGGUGGCAACGCGUUCCACACAGAGUGACAUCACCUUCCGACAGGUGGACGAGAUGGAGAGUCGAGCCUCAAUGGAUAUGGAGGCGAAAAACUCUAGAAUUGACAAUUUGCAAUGUACCAAUGACGAGCUGUCCCGACAGCUACAGAGUCAAAGUAAAGUACUGGAGCAGAAACAGUUGCAAAUUAAUAAGUGUAUUGAAGUAGUCAAAAGGUUACAAAUUGAAAAGUCUAAUAUAGAGAAGAAAGAAGCCAGACAAAAGUGCAUGCAGAACCGGUUAAGGCUGGGCCAGUUUGUCACCCAGCGAGUGGGCGCCACCUUCCAGGAAAACUGGCAGGAUGGAUACGCUUUUCAGGAAAUCACUAAGCGACAAGAGGAGCUCCAGGCAAACAGAGAAGAAAUAGACCGGCAAAGAAAGCUUUUAAUGAAGCGCAAACCAGUCGAGGGGGGAAGUAACUCUCGGAAACGGGGAGCCAACAGUAACCAGGGGCAGGGAGGAGGAAACUUACCUAACGGUCUUGGGGGGGACCACGACCACAGGGACCUGACCAUUCAAGAGUAUUACGAGUCGGAGGAAAUACUAAAGCUGCGGCAAACGGCUCUCAAGAAGGAAGACACAGACCUGCAGCAAGAAAUGGAGAAGCUGGAGAGGGAGAGAAAUCUACACAUAAGGGAACUCAAGCGAAUUCACAAUGAGGACCAAUCCAGGUUCAACAACCACCCUGUGCUAAACGACCGGUACCUGUUGCUCAUGUUACUAGGGAAGGGAGGCUUCUCGGAGGUGCACAAGGCGUUUGAUCUAAAGGAGCAGCGAUAUGUUGCCUGUAAAGUUCAUCAGUUGAAUAAAGACUGGAAGGAUGACAAAAAAGCCAAUUAUAUCAAACAUGCUAUUAGGGAGUACAACAUCCAGAAGAAGCUAAACCACCCCAGGAUUGUGCGGCUGUAUGAUGUGUUUGAGAUAGACGCCAACAGCUUCUGCACCGUCCUGGAAUACUGUGAUGGCCACGACCUUGACUUCUACUUAAAACAGCACAAGACCAUACCAGAACGAGAAGCAAGAUCUGUGAUUAUGCAGGUUGUCUCCGCACUCAAGUACCUGAAUGAGAUCAAGCCUCCAAUCAUCCAUUAUGACCUCAAGCCAGGGAAUAUCUUGCUCACCGACGGGAACAUCUUGGGGGAAGUGAAGAUUACGGACUUUGGCUUGAGCAAGGUCAUGGAUGAGGACAGCUACCAUCCAGACUAUGGGAUGGACCUCACCUCGCAGGGGGCUGGGACGUACUGGUACCUACCACCUGAGUGCUUCAUAGUCGGGAAGACACCUCCUAAAAUCUCCAGUAAAGUGGAUGUGUGGUCUGUUGGGGUCAUUUUCUAUCAGUGCCUAUAUGGAAAAAAGCCAUUUGGCCACAACCAAAGCCAGGCUACAAUACUUGAGGAGAAUACCAUCCUCAAGGCCACUGAUGUACAGUUUCCACCUAAACCUGUGGUUAGCAAUGAGGCCAAGCAAUUCAUCCGGUGUUGUUUAGCAUACCGGAAGGAGGACCGCAAUGACGUGUUGACGCUGUCUUCCAACCCGUACCUUUCCCCGCCGCUACCAAAGAGUGGCCGGCAGUCAGCCAGUAGUCAGCAACAGGCACAGCAGCAGCUUCUGCAGCGGCGGCAGCACAGCAACAGGCAGGAUAUCAGCAGCCCUUCACCACUGGGCUACUGGGUCUUGCAAACAUACACUCUUCCACCAGCUCAUAAUGAUACGCCACCCACUGUAGGGGGCAGGUCAGGCCCCGACACCCCCUACCUGGCUCCCCCCUGUGUCACUCAGCCCUCUACACUGGUCAUCACCUGCCCAUUGCAACCCACUGCUCUGAGUUGCUACAGUAUUGGGGUCACCAUACUGAAUGCAGGGCUUCAGUUGUUGGCAGUAUGUAACAUGUAAUUACAUUUAGUCUGACCUUGUCUCAGAUGGAAAUUAAAUAUGCCAAUUUCCUCAGCUUUUACUAGCCAUGACAGUAAAUUUAAGACAGUGUUCUACAGUGGAAUUCAUAAUGGGUACAAUUCUUUUGUUUUUAAAGAUUUUGCAUUUGUAUUCAGUAGGAGUGAGUUGUCAUCAGGAAAAUUUGUUUUGUGUUCUGUUAAAAACAAUCCUGCAGUGACAAACAUCAUUGUUCAUUUCUUGUCCAGCAUAUUCGUGUACAGAGUAACAGAAAGGUCUGACAAACCUCAGAACAAUAUGUGGCAUUGGGACUGAAGCGAGGAAGGUGGUGAAGUAGUGGUGAGUGAGUGACCAGGGGUGCGGGGCAGAGGCUCAACACCGCACUAGACUCUCAGUGUUCCUACUCGCUGCCACAACCACCGCCGUGGCUUGUGCUCCCCGGCCGGGUCCUGAGCACGCCAGAGACAGACCAAGUGGUGUCCGUGUGCAGCUCGAAGGUAUUCCAUUGUGCAUAGUUUCAAAGUGUAUGCAUAUGUAUAUAUAUGUAUGUGUGGGUACAUGUAUUUAUGCAUAUAUACAUAUAUACACUAAAGUCUAUCAAGCCAAAGCUGUGACUUAGUUAAUACCGAGAGUCAAACAUUAUACGUACCAGUAAGUGAAGCAGAGACCAGCGAGGAGUAGUGCCGCGAGGACCGCUGAGUGUGGCGCUGGGAACACAGACACUGAGUGGUGCUUCAUCUCUGCAGUGGCAAGACACUGAGGGUGAGGUGGCCCUGCAGAGGACAACAGUUGUGUUGCUUCCACGCGCUAAGCGGUGACAACGGGUAGGGUGGCGCAUGUGAGGUUUUUGAGCCACCGACCGAUGUGAUGUGAUAUUGUGUAGUCGUGUUUGUGAAACUCUGCGUCUCCGGCAAGGGUUGUGGGCGUGACAGUGGCCGGUAGCCAGGUGUGUGAUAUAUCUAGUGGCACUUUAAGAAAGUGAGCUAAUCUAAAUGACUUUUCAGGAAACAGUGAGUGUUAAUCAGCAGAUAAGCAUUGUUUAAUGAAUGUUGCCCUUAAUAUAGCAGCUGAAAUUUGAAUGAAAGGAAAGUGCAACUUGAAAAUUACCAAAACUGUAUCCUGAAGUAUCCCCGUGUCUAAAUUUGUCUUAGGCCUGUGUUAAAUAUUUCCUGAAGAAUGAUUAAUUUUCUGAAAAAGAAAGGAAAUUUCUAGGUAUGUACUACUACUACUACUACUACUACUACUGUUUAUAAAGUUUGGUGCUACAGAAUCUAAAAUGAAAACUCAUUUUGUCUUAUUUUCUGAAGCUGAAGUGAGUUACCCAAGAAGAAAUCCAUGAAUUCAUUCCUGUGGAAAUAGGCUGUAUACACAAAGCAUUACAUAGCUCCCACCUUAUUCAUGUACAUUGUUUACUGAUAUUUCUCUCCUGCUGCAAGUGCCGUGUGUUGAUGCAUGACACAAACCAGUCUUGUGGUGGCAGAAACGGCACACCACACACCACACAAUAGUCUGCAGAUCACCACAGCUUUUUGUCUUCAUUAUAUUGUAUGUAUUUUUAUGUCAUUUUAGACAUGUGAGAUACUACCUAUAGUUUUGUAUGUUUUUUUUUUUUUUUUUUUUUUUUUUUUUUCUUUUUUUUUUCUUUUUUUUUUUUUUUUUUUUUUUUUUUUUUCUUUUUUUUUGUCCUCCAUACAGACCUUUCUUUCUCUACCCUUAUAUAUGUACACACAUGUAUAUUUAUAUAACACACACACACACACACACACACACACACACACACACACACACACACACACACACACACACACACACACACACACACACACACACACACACACACACACACACACACAUGUAUGUCCUUUUCCUUUUAUCAUACCAUCUCCAUCUCUCUCUUUCUCUUUCUCUUUCUCUCUCUCGCUAUCUUUCUCACUCACUCUGUCUUGUUUUUAAAUUUGAUUUUGUGGUGAUCAGCUCUAAUUUAAAUUGCAAUAGGUUGGACACUUUCUGACUGAACACCUGAUUGGCUGAUGGUCAUGCAGAGCUGAGGAGAUGGUGGCGGUGGAUCUUUGGUUCGCAUCCUGGUCUUGACAAUCUUUCUAAGACAGUAAAGAGAAAAAAAUUGUUAUGUAUUUAUUUAAGUUUUAUUGUUCAAAAUUGUUUCUUUUCCCAUUUAAUUUGAAUGUUAGAGGAUGUAUUUAACAAUGCUGCUUCAACGAUGAUGAAAGUGAAGGAAAAAUUCAACCAUUUUAUAAGGCAGACAUUUAAAAGUAAUGCCUUUUUAUCCUAAUGUGUUACGUUCCUAAGUAUGCCUUGACUUUUAUCCUAGAUGACAGUGUUUCAUGUUGUUCGCAAGUUUGAUGUCGGGUGUUGUAUGCCAGCCUUGUGUUGCUAAAAGGCUAAAGGUAUUGCAGUUUUUACCGGACAUGCCUGAUAACACGGAUCAUGAAAUUUAGAAUUUUUUUACUUAAUUUGUACAAUUGUAUAGUCGGAGAAGACACGUAGAGGAGAUACUCUUAGCAUACUGUUGAGGAGUUUGAAGACUCAGAACACUCCUACUUGUUAGCUAAUUUGUAUCACAGGAAAUUAUAAUAAUCAUAGCUUGGCAUGUGGUGGCUGACAGGGAUUUCCAAAACUCCUUUCACCCGUUUAGAAGACUUCACCGAGCUGCCUCGAUGCUGCCGUGCAAAGUAACAGGCAUAAACAACAAUGCUUAUUAAAGUGAGCUGCCAGAAAGCAUGUUUUACCAAUUCCCAGCUGAUUUGAAUUUUCUGCCAUGCAUUCAUUGGUUUUGUGUUGUUUCUCUCUAUUGGGAACUUUUGGGAAACCUCUUGUCAUGUGUCAAGUCAAAAGAGAUUCAAAUUCAGAUUGUCAACAGGGAGGUAUGUACUGAGUUAAAUUUGCCCUUAUGUUUCCUCAGCUCUCACCACUCAUUAUUUUCCCCUCUCUCAGUUAAAGAUUAAUACCGCCAUUUGGUCUGUUGCCGGCCAUUGUGAUAGUUAUCGCUCUAUACUUGUAAAAUUCUAUCAUGUUAUGUAAAAUGUAAUGCAUAAAAUAAAUUAAUAAAGCGA